CUUGACACUGAAACCAAGUAAAAACACGUUACUAAAACAUGAUGAAAUUACGCGUUUGUUGGUGCUUUUUCGGCUUUCUGAUAUAUUCGAAAGGAAAUCCGUUAAAUGUAAAUCUAAUGCGCGAUAAUGUGGGGUGUUUUGAUAUUUUCAACGAUAAUCAGGCCAUUCUCGUUACUAUGCUUCCGCAAGUUGUUUCCGUCUGUGACUCACACAACACUAGUGCAUCACCAGUAACAUCCAUGUGUGAGGACCUUAUCAAGUGGAAGCUGUGCCCCAAGGAUGUUAAUGAUGGUCUGCUCCAAGCUGAUACCUUCGGUGAUGAAAUGGAAAAAUAUAUAGCUCAAUCAAAUUCAGACAAGUUGUGUCGAGAUCUGUCAUUCCUCAACAUUUCUGACUGUCAACAUGUUUGUACAGAAGAUAAAAGCCUCUGCAGUUACUAUGGUGGCAUGUUAACAGAACUUCAAGAGGCAUUUCAUGAGACUAUGGAGGAAAAAGAGGGAUACAAACUACUGUACAAGUUCAAGCACAUGAUACAAAGUUUGGUGCCGUUUCCACCGCUAGGCAUCUUUAGUGUAAAUCCUGCACUUAAAAAGUGUUUAAAAGAAGAUACCACUGACAUUGAUGAUGUCUGCCGUCUUUUAGCCCAUAUCGCUGAUCUUUCAAUGCAAGCUCAUGUGUUAGAAAUAAAUCAUACAAAAUACCUAGCCAAUAAUGAAACAAAAACGGUUAAGUGCGAGCUUCUGAAGAAUAAGAAGGAUGCCUGUAUGACGUCAUGUUUGGGGGAACAGGCAACAGACACAAAAAAGGAAAUAUGCCGAAUGAUUGCUUUUGGGGUAGAGCAAUUGUAUGGUCCUGACUCUCCAAACAAGGAGUCAACACUUAACACUCCUGAAGUGACCACAACUGAGAAGGAAUCAAAAGAGUUUGAUAAAAAAGCAGAAAGCGCAAAAAAUAUUGCGGCUCCAAUUACCACAAAACCUAACCAAAGAAGCAUUGCUACAACACAAGAUCCCAUGUCUAGUACAUCAAACCCUACAUCUACAACAAUUUCCAGCACUUUGGCAAGAAAUGUAAAUAAACCAACUUCUUCACAGAACGAAACACUUGUUAACCUACUUAAAUCUCCCCAAUUACCUCCGCCUGUUAAAAAUGAGACAAUUGAUGACAAGAACUCUAAAACCUCAGCAGCACCACCACCUCAAAUAGCUCCAUCAACUGCUAAACUUACUAAUGAAACAAUCACCAUUCAGCCAACAACUUCAACUGAGACUUCGACAACAGAUGAUGGGAUAUUAGACGACAACCAAGAUACAAAGAAUGGUGCUGAUGCCAAAGUUGAAACAAACAAAGAUACUGUUUCUCAAACUAAUCUAGAACAAGAUGAAAAAGGGUCAAACAUAUUUUCAUAUAUCCUGGUAUUGGUUGUACUUAGUAUUGCGGGCUACAUUGUUUUCCAAAACAAGCACAAGAUAAUCGCACUGGUGGUGGAGGGGAAGUCCAGUGCUGGCAGGCGGCCAUCCACAAAGAAGUACAAGAAACUGAAGACUGAAGAUGUCAUGCCAAAUUUUGAGCAUUCUGCUUCUAGUAAAACAUAUGUCUUCUAAAAGCACAUGAACCAUCUUUUAAAGGCACAUUUACCGUCUUCUAAAGGGCCAUGUACUUCUUCUAAAGGCUAAUGUACAGUCUUCAAAAGGCACAUUUACUGUCUUCUAAAGGCAUACCUACUUUAUUGUAAAGGCACUUGUACUGGUUCUAAAAACUUGUAAUCAGUUGCUGAAAAACUUGUUGUCAAGUAUCUUUGUAAACAUGAUGGGUGCUUUUUGUUUUGGCAUAUACCUUGUUUUUUUCUUGGAAGAAAAGUUAACAGAGGCAUUAAAAGAAAACAUUAACCUUAACUUAACCUUAAACAAGACAGAGCAGACCAAUGUUAAUAUUGUUUGCUACUGGCUUGACUUAUUCAUUUUCUUUGAAAUAUUUUAAUAUUGAUAUUGUGUUACUUUGAAAAAUAAUUGUUUGUUUUUUAUGUAUUGCGUACAUUCCAUGUUUCCAUUGUGAGUACCGGGUGUUGGGCAAUUAAACAUUAAUUAUAAAUAAGUCACCAUUAGGAAAACAGUAUCCUUCUUAAGGAUCCAGUGCUGGUUGUUCUUUUUCAAUGUUUUCAAUCAUAGCGCAACUAGAAAACUGCAGGUUGAAUAUACAUGUAAUGUUAAAUCAAAAGUUCUAACAUGUUCAUAAAUAUAGAGACUGAUAUGUUUUAAAUAUUAUUUUGUUUGUCACAUAAUUUUACGAUGAUUAUAUUAUAUCUACAAAGCUUUUGUUAACAUGUGAUAGCAGUCUUGAGCAUUUCCUUAUAAUCAAAGUGUGAAGGUGACAAAGAUGUCAUGGAUAUGCUGUCUGUCUCGAAGAUCCCUGUUUUGAUCCCCUUUCUAUAAAUCUAACCAAACACACUGAUAACUAGUUCCUCCCUGGAAAUAAAUUCAAAGAGUGCCUGUAUGAAUUAGGCUUUAAAUGUAAUCAAGUGUUUUAAAAAGGUUUUAACAAAAGCAUUUAACAUGAUAUUUAUAUUUACUCCCUCUAGCUGUAUAAAUAGCAACACAUAUUAUGAAGCCAGCCCGGCCACUUAACUUUCCCGGAGAUAGUCAUUAAAUACUGCCAUUUUUGAGUCCAUUUCCUUGGUUGAGCCGGUAAGUUCUGUCUUAAAGAAAAGCAAAUGAGAUUCACUCCCAGAUUUCAGAUCAAGUCUAGCACCUUUUGGUCAUUAGACAGAAAUCAUGUAAGCCAUGCUAUGUGGAAAGGGGGUUUAAUGCAUAUGCCAAAGUGUCAUCCCAGAUUAGCCAUUUGCUAAGAAGAGACUUCCUUUUAACAGAAAAUACCAUGAAAGCGGAAAGUGUUGUCCAUGAUUAGUCUGUGCAGACUGCGCAGGCUAAUCUGGUACAACACUUUACACAUGCAUUAAACCCCUUUUUCACAGGACUCAUAUAUUACUUUAUACAGCAUGGUCACCAGUCAGUUUAUUUCUGCAUAUUUUAUUCCAUAACGCAUUCCAACUAAAAGUUCUGGUACUUGGCUUUGUAUUGCCUUCAUUUGACUUGUAAUCAUUAUUGCUAAUAGUGUGUAUCAUAAUUGCUUGCUUAUGUGUUACUUUCAUAUUGCAAUUGAAAUCCAAUUAAGACCUCUGGAAUAGUGGAAAAUAUUAAGUAAUUCUAAAACUCUGUGUUCUGCUCACAUGUUUUAUUAUGACUAGUGCAAGAGAUAUUGUACAGUGCCAUUAUAUCAGCAUAUUUAGGUCCUUUUUCCGAUUCAUGCAUAAAAACCUAAAUUUUAUUAGGAUAAAUUAUUUGAACAUGAAUAUAUGAAAUUGAAUUUGCUUUUUUAAUUACAUAUAAAUUAUCUUUUUGAUGCUCCAAAUAUUAUCAACAGUAUCUGGCACUAGUAGAUAUUGACAAGUGCAUUCCAUAUUAUAGGGCACUAUGGGUUGUUAUAUCUUUAAAUAUAUGUUGAGGGUAUACUAUAUCUUAGAUUAAAUGUAUUAAAUCUUUCUAUAUGUAUAUAUAUAAUUGAUGAACUUAAAAUAUGUUGGAACUUGACGUUCUGUUUGUGUCAAUUAUCUUCAUUUGUUCUAAGGUAUCAAAAAAUAAUUAUUGGAGUUCAAUGUCUUUUUAUUGUAAUUAAAUCUGUCAUUUCAACUGUUUUAUCUUGUGAACCUCUGAAAAUGUUCAUUUUUUAUCCAUAUCCAUUAUUUUUAUGCCCCCAGGUAGGGUGGCAUAUAGCAGUUGAACUGUCCAUCAGUCAGUAUGUCAGUAUGUGUGUAUGUCAGUAUGUGUGAAUGUCAGUAUGUGUGUAUGUCAGUAUGUCCGUCCGUCCGGAAAAAAACUUAAACGUUGGCCAUAACUUUUUCACUAUUGAAGAUAGCAACUUGAUAUUUGGCAUGCAUGUGUAUCUCAUGGAGCUGAACAUUUUGAGUGGUGAAAGGUGAAGGUCAAGGUCAUCCUUCAAGGUCAAAUGUCAAAUAUAUGGCGUCUGUCCGUCCGAAAACUUUAACAUUGGCCAUAACUUUUUCAAUAUUGAAGAUAGCAACUUGAUAUUUGGCAUGCAUGUGUAUCUCAUGAAGCUGCACAUUUUGAGUGGUGGAAGUUCAAGGUCAAGGUCAUUUUUCAAGGUCAAAGGUAAUUUUUUUUUUUUAAUUUCAAAGCGGCGCAAUAGGGGGCAUUGUGUUUCUGACGAACACAUCUCUUGUUUAGACAUUUUCUUUGCAAUAUUUGCUAUCUACGACUUUGUGGAACUGUCAAAUAAAGUAUUAAUACUGAUUUUAACUUUAUGUUACAGUAUAGCUAAUCAAUUGUCAUGGCUGCUGCAUAUAAGAUUUUGUUAUCGUUGUGUUUGCAGUUUGUCCUUGAUUGAUUUGAAGCUCUUUCUGUUGUAUAUGUCUUUAGUGCUAUUUCCUGCUGAAUUGUACAAACAUAUUUGAUUUACUGAGAAAUGGGCAUCCCUUUGGCAGCCAACUUGAAUUAUAUUAUAUAAAAAUGCUUUGCAUAUUUAUGAAUCUCAUAGCUUGUCAUAGAAAAACCUAAUACUGGAGGCUUUACUGAAGCAGGUGUUUCGUUAAUGAAAGUGGUGAAUCUACAUAAAUUUUAGACUCAAGUGGACCUUAUUGAUAAUUCUUAUAAUUAAGCAAAAGUAGUGUAGAAUCGUGUUAAAAUGGUAUUACAUGUAAAUUGCAUACUUGUCUCAUUUCUUUUAGAUAUUGAAUAGGCUAUAUGCAAGUGUGACUUGAUUUAGUGCUGAUCAAAAUUGCCAUUUAGGACUGAGAUAAAUUUGAUAGUAUAUGUAUGUAUGUAUGUAUAUAUGUAGUAACUGGCAUUUACCAGCAUACCCGAGUUCACAAGAUUUGAUCUUAAGUUUUUUUCUUUAAAAGAUUGAAAGUACAGAAACUUUAAUUAUUUGGAAUAUAUAUAAUAAUAUUGUGUUGACUUGACUCUAAUGUUUGUUAAGAGAUAAAAAAAAUAUUUGAAAUGAAAGCAGUGAUUCUGCGUAUUUUAAGAUCACCCGAGUUCAACAUAAGUAUGGUGAGCUUUUGUGAUGGCCUUUUUGUCUGUUAUUUUUUGUUCAACCUAUGUGGUCUGUUGUCCAUCGUCAACAAUUACCAGGUUAACACAUCAGAUGCCACGUUAAUUGCACAAUUUUGAUGAAAAUUGGACAGAACAUUUUUCCUUUUGAUAUAUCGACCAAGUUUGAAAAUGGGUUAUGUGUGGAAAAAAACCUACUAGGUCAGAAAGUCAAAUUAAAAAAAGCUUGUCAACAUUUCAGUUAAAAUCUUAAUGAAACUUGGUAAGAACAUUUGUCCAUAUGAUAUCUUAGCCGUGUUUGAAAAUAAGAAUGUGCCUUAAAAAAUUUUUUUCAUAAAGUUAUUUUAUUAUCCUGAACCCCAUCUCAGAAAUGUUUAGUUUCUUCGGGUCUCAUUGUGAGCGCCUUUGGAGUCAAAUGCACGCAUGUGUGUAGUUACCUGAAUGUAAAUAUGAUGCUUCUAAAUUUUGGGUUAUGGUUUGAACAGUUUGACAAUUAAUGAUUGUUUUUGGUUGUGUUAUGAAUUGCUCACAUUGACAUUUGUUAAAUUGACUGCAGUCAUCUUGACAGUGUUUGUUUCUUUUGUUUUGUAUAAUCUCUUAUAUUUUGGAGUGUAACUUGUACGGAUUUUAAGUUUAUAUGAUAUACGGAGUUUCCUCAAAAUCCCUAUCAGUUGGUAGUUUUUUGUUUACUGUUUUUAAGCUGCAAUUGUUUGUUGCAAUUAGAAAUGAGAUUAUGUUUUAUGGGAAUUUUAAUCAUCGACCAUUAUUACGACUGUGCAUGAUAUUAAAAUCAAUCAUAUAUUUAGUUCAGUCAACAUCAAAGUAAAUUUUCAACUGUGCUGAACCACUCUGUAUUUAUAAUUAGGACUGAAAAAGUUUAAAGUUUUGUGAACCUGCUCCGUCAAAUCCUUGUACAUACCACCUUUACGAUAUUUAGUAUGCACUUAAUUGUCGCUUAAACUUGCUUGUUUGUAGUUUUAGAUUUAAAUUUGGGGUUUAUAUUUUAAAUAAAUCUGAAAAAACAU